GUCCCGGUCACGUGAUACCAUCGACGAUUGAACACUGUCAUCUCGCGACAGGCGCCAUCAUCCCCUCCAGCAUCACACAACACCGCACCGCACAACACAACACAGAGUGAUACCAGGAUAUAUACCAUGGCAGUCCAGCAAACGCCGAGUUACUUUGGGAGAUUCGUAUGUCUGGUCGCGUUCCUCCUGCUGUUCCACUCUGGAUACUCGACCUUUGAACAUCUUUCAUACCUAAAGGCAAUCGAUGGACACGAAAGCGGUUUGCCACUCGAUAUCGGUAUCGAAUUACUGGUCUCUGUAGCUCUUUUCGGCUUCGGCAUUGUAUUGGUUGCAGACGAUUUCAAGGAGAUCCUUAUGGAGACCGAGAUGGCAAAGCAGUCAAUUGAGUCUCUGGAUGCUCGCCCUUCAUUCUAUUCAUUCAACCAUCGCGGAAGAGCAGUGUUCAGGAAUGUUGUCCUAAAGAAUUAGGAGCAUAUGAGAGGACAUUAUUGUCGCAGUAAGGUAGCUUGCAGCAUCACCCACUCUCGCUCGAAUCAAUAAAGACUUCAAAUAUCAGGCAUGCUUCAGCGGAACAGUAUUUUCAGGACUUUCGCCUCCUUAAUCGUAGCGGUUAUGCCAUAGUCGUGGUUA